AUGGGAGAAGGCGCAGAAGAAGGAAUCUGCGCGGGGCGCCCUACUGGGGAAGAACUGAGUUCUGUUGAACCUCUAGGAGGUAGAGGUAAACAGGGCCCAGCCCCAAAGAUAUUUGAACUUUCAAAAACGGAACGAGAAUGCAAGCCAGGCUUGCUAGUCGUCGAAGGGAAGAUCAAGAGCUUUGAUAAGCCAUGGAUCAUUUUGAUCGAUUUGGGGGCAUCGGGCAAUUAUGUGCGCCGUGCCACCGUGGAAGGGAGUCAGAAGUAUGCUGAAGCGUUUGUAGCACGUGAGAGUGACAAAGUCACAUGUCCCGUAGCGACGGGUACGCGUGUUACGAUACCCCAAGUCCCGAUGGACUUAGAUGUAAAGUUCUUGGACUUUAACAGCAUGGAACGCUGUUUGGUCUUAGACCUGGAUGCGAGGUAUGACCUCAUCCUAGGCAUGAAAUGGCUACAACGUCGUAAGCCAUGGAUUGUUUGGAGGUUGAAGACCUUAGGUGCAACGCGCAAUGCUCCUGGUGGGGCUCUGGAGAGUCAUGAACCAACCUCUGCUAGGAAGCAAAAGCGCUUUUGGCGCUGA